CAAAAAAUUUCAUAAUGUUUAACCCUAUAUAACAUAAAAUAUUUUACUAAUUUCCCAAUGCUCAUUUCUAAUUCUACUCGUCGAACCUUGUUCAGCUCAAAGACUACAUUUUUAUUCGAUUCCCACCGAAACUUGCUCAAUUACUUGAUACCCUUUACCGCAAAACCCCAAUCUUCGAUGUCAGCGGAUACCCUCACACCAGCAGACAUUGAUGAUGCAGCAACCAUUAGCCUCGAAGAAUGGCAGGGCUGGGGCACCGUGUCGCCGCUGCCGGCGAUGGUGGAUCAAGUUAUUCAUGAUAUGAAGCUUCUGGAGAAGGACAUUGACGCGCCCAUGACCUUCGGCGGCAACCGCGGCGCCCUCACGGGAUGCUUCAAGGUGGCGGAGGACAAGAAGCAUCGCGCAAAAUAUGCAUCUCUAGAUACUCCCGAAGAGAAACUCCAAUUCUUUUCAGCUCGACAGAUAGCUUGCCGGCUACUUGGGAGUAGGGGUUAUCUGUGUCAGAAGUGCUGGCUUCCCCAAGAAGACUGCGUGUGCUCGAAAAUUAAAGCAUGCUCCAUGUGGCAUAGAUUGCAUAUCUGGUUGUACAUGCACCCAAAGGACUUCUUAAGACAGAACAAUACCGGGAAGUUGUUGUGGCAAGUCUUCGGUGUUCAAGCUGCAAGUUUGUGUGUCUUUGGCAUAGCUGAGCAUGAAGAAAUGAUGUGGAAUGAAUUGAAUCGUGCUGGUAGAAACAAGGUUUGGUGUCUUUAUCCGAAUAAGAAUGCAGUGACUGAAUCUGUUAAGGAUAUUGUUGGAUGCUCGACGAAUCCAGAAAGCCAAGCAGAACCGGCAAAUGAAGAAGAUGUUGCAAUGCACUUUAUAUUGAUCGAUGGCACUUGGAGCAAUUCAGCUGCAAUGUUCAGGCGUUUGCAGACUCGAGCUGAAUCAGAAUGGGGAAAGGAACUGCGUUGCAUAUCUCUGAACACGGGUGCAUCCUUGAUGCAUAAACUACGACCCCAACCGUCUUGGGAUCGUACGUGCACUGCAGCUGCAGCAAUCGGCCUCUUCUACGAACUCAACCAGCUUCCGGAGUUCAGUUCCCUAAGGUUGGACAAACAGGCGGAAGCGAUAGAUGAUGCUUUGGAGGUCUUGUACCAAGGCCUUGUUGGUCGGAGGCUGCGUUGGGGCAGGUCGAUCUCUCGUAAGGAAAGGCACAACUGGGAUAUCUGGUAACAAAUAUGUUACUUUUUUUUGCAUAUUGGUAUAGGAAGUUUUGCUGAUUUCUAAUGAUUGAUUCUCGAUCGUGUUUCAGUCUCGUAUUUUGUUGUGUUAGUAUGUCUCAUUUGAUGUGGAAAAUCUAGAAUUAAAUGAGAUUAGAAAGUGGUGGCAAAUAGGGGGUCCUUUUUGUGUAAUUCUUUUAGCACUAUAAUCUGCCCGCUCGGCUUGGUCCGGCCACUGCAGAUUUCUCUGGAUGGCCAGUGCUGCCCCCUCGGGUUUUGUUGUUGGCUCUUUUGUGCUUGAGCUGUGUUUCUUCCGGCUUAGGGGGACGACUCGCCGAUGGGUUUUGGUUUGGCCGUAGUCUGUGGCGGCGAAUUUCCCGUCCCCCUGAACUGUGGUUUUGUUUUUUGGUUUUUCGUUAGGUCGUGUUGCGCCUUACAUUGGUCCCUUGCUGUACUGCUUUUCGUUACACCGGUUUUGUAACAACUUUUCUUUCUUUCUUUUCAAUAAAAUUUUCAUUUCAGCAGCUUA